AUGCCAUUUCUGUCUCGUGACACGACCACACAGGUGUUGUUUUUCUCGAUCUUGUCCUUUGUGGUCCGGGCAAGGCCCGCCGCCGCCAAUGUCAUCGACCUACCGAGCGAGAUUGUCGCCUUUGUCCCAUCAUGUGCAUCAGCCUGCUUCUCGACGUUUGUCAACAACAAUUUUCCAUUGGGAAUCUGCGGCAAGGACCCGACAUUUCAAUGUUUGUGUGAACACGCGGGGACUAACGGAUUUACCGUGGGCGAGGGUGCGUUGGCCUGCAUCGCGUCCGAGGACAGCACCGGACGCUGCACCGGCACCGAAGUCUCAUGUGAUGACUGUCUCGAAGAAGGCAUAUUCUAUGUGUUUUGGCCACAGCAGCGCGGCCCUAGAAACGCACGCAACCAUCGUGGCCUCGCUGGUGAUCCCGUCCCAGUCCACCAAAACUGUAACGACGACAGUCGUUGGAAAUACGAAAGGGAGCACGAAAGGAAGCACCGCGAGUCACAUGGCAACCCGAACUACCUCAAAGUCAUCCGCCUCUGCAUCAACUCGAACGCCGACCACAUUGACGAGCAGUGCUACUCUGUCCACAGAGUCUCGCCUGUUAACUGCACCGCCCCUAAAUCGGCAUCGAACACAUCAUCCGCGCAAACAAGUGCGACAUCAGACCAGACGCAGCGAAGUAAUGGUAUCAGAAGCCUGAGCGUUGCGCAGAUUGUUGGUAUCUCUGUCGGAACGGCCACUGCACUCUUUUUUGCCAUUGCACUAUCCAUCUAUCUACGCUUUCUUCGCCGACGUCGCUUAAUGCUUGUUCCUAGAUUGACUGGCGAUGGCAAUGAGGGUGGUGGCGGAGGAGGCGACGAAGAAGGACUUCAAAAACGGGUUCGGCCGAGAACGGGACACGAGCUCCAGAUAUCUGCUCCCGUGAACCUACAAGGACCGACGCACCCCUCGAACAGCACAGGUCCUUUGUGGCAAGAAAAGUACAAGACUAGCCGGACAGCGCCGCGGGAUACGCAGAAUAACCAGGACGCAGAGAACCGCCCGAAUCCUCCACCCAAAAGCCCUCCUCGAAUACUUUUAACAAGGCCAACUCUGGAGGGAUCGGUCAAUGAUGCAUCUAGGGUGCCAGUUGAGAGGUACAAUCGAAAUCUAACACCAAGGACGAUCUACGGCCAAGUGAAAAAUCUGCCACUCAAGGACAUUCAGGAUCCCGUUCAGACUACAAAAAAUAUAUCCCCGACACAAAGCAGCGUUCCCCCAUCCCUUCUCAUACGUCCACCUCCACAAAGCAUCGCCCCUGAUAGACGUAUGCUAGAGGAGCCGGUAGCCACUAUAUCCCGCCCUGUGCCAUAUCCAUCAUAUUACGGAAUCCCGCCGGACGAAGACCAUCUGUACGGUGGCUAUCCCCAACAGGCAAAAUAUACAGAGAAAACUUCACUAUCGACGCGGCCCGUGGAGGCCCAGCCAGUUCAACCGGAACGCAACUUGCCUUCCAUGUUUCAGCCACCAUUGACAAGUCGGGACAGUAUUGUGACGGAAUUUGCCGAGGACGGUGAGGACAACCUCUCACCAAGAGCGACAGACGAUGGACUAUAUCCAUCUCGUCGAUUCACUUCGAGGCAAGAUUUGUCUCAUACGCCACCCGACGCACAGCAUGGUGGCUAUUCUGCCCCAAUAAGCACUUUUCAAGAACCUCAGCUGAGGCCUCAACCAUCACGCCAGCCAUUGCCGCAAUUUCAAAUACAGCCCCAUCACCAACCUCAACUCCGACCUCAACCCCCACCCCAGACCCCAUCGCCAAGGGCCCAAGGUGACGAUCCGGCCCGCGGGGUCCAGCCGCCAUAUAUGUCUCCGUCUCUCGUGCCUCGACCUCUCGAUGUUGGAACACGCAAUCCCGGAAGGAAUACCGGAAGGUCUGGGCCAACCCUGGAUAUGCCGGUCGGAGCAGGCAGCAACGUCUCGCAGAUGGCUAAAAUGCGGCUGGGCGAUGAGCGUGCACUUGGUCUACGGCUGGUGGGUGAUGGACGGUCGCAGCGUCCACGGCAAAAUGCCGGCUGGAGACGGAUGGACGACAACUUUGGAGAGUAUUAA